AUGGGAUCGAGUCCAAUACACUCGUCACGAAUCCGAGUCAAGUUCCAUGUGCAAAUUCCAUUUCCUGGAUUUUCAAUAUUAUAUUAUUCGAAGGUGAAAAUGUUUGAAUAAGUAAGACUUUAUACAAACUGAUUUUUUUGAAUCUAGCUACUGAAAAUGGCUACUUGUUGAUUUUGAAAAAAUUAUCAAGGUAUUAUUAAGGUAAAUAGUUUGAUGUGAGAUCUCAUGUCUUCUUCCUGUUAGAGGAGUCAAAACGUGGAACAGUAAAGUGAUAUUGCUUUCAUUGUAAACGCAUAUUCACGUUAUAUAUACCGGCUCUCACAAUAAGAACGCAAUGUUUGAAGAUCACGUACAGAAGAAUAGGAACACGCUUUGUUCAAUGAAAAAUCUCUGUUACUUCGAGACAUGUUGAUAUUUGUAGAUGUCAUCUGAAGAACUUUGAAUCUAUUUGUGAGGUACUUUAUUAGUAUUUUUUAGCAUUCGAGUCUAUUUAUGUAAUACUCAUGAAUCUCUCUUAAAUUUAAAUGUAACUAUACAAUUAUACAAGUUACAGUUGAAUGUAAUUUACAUAAUUAUAAUUAGCUUUACAUAUCAGUAACUUACUUCAAGUCUAUUUAUGUAGUACUCAUGAACUAUCCCAUUUAAAUUUGAAUGUAACUAUUCAAUUAUACAAGUUACAGUUGAAUGUAACUUAUAUAAUUAUAAUUAGCUAUAAUUAGCUGAGCUCUGAACUUACUUUAUGUAUCAGUAACUUACUUCGAGUCUAUUUAUGUAGUACUCAUGAACUAUCCCACUUAAAUUUAAAUGUAACUAUACAAUUAUGCAAGUUACAGUUGAAUCCCGCCUCCGUGUCACUGACCUAUCCCCCUACCUCCAGUUCGCCAGUAGCCGAGCGCUACGUCUCACCUGGAUCAUCGGAUGCAUCGGCAGCAUCGGCUGCACCACGUAGAUCGGUUGACUUUUCGGCGGCACGUGGUUCUGCGCGGUCACCCACUGAUGGACCAUGUUGCGGGUCUUCAAUCGGCCGUCGUUCGUUACGUCGUCGAUGUUGUUCGCUCGAAGACAUCUGCAGAGCUUCGGGGUCAAGGUCAGGCAGUUGUAGCCAGAGACCAACAGCUCGGCCACGCUGGUCACUAGAAGACCGACACUUGCCAACAGGCUGGCCCAGCUACCCUCCAUCUCGGUUUCCUCGUUGUCCUCAUUGCCCUGUAACAAAACAACGGUUAGUACAAGUCCUAUUAUAAGGAUUUAUCAAUACAUUGGUGUAUCUCUAAUUCAUCGUUGCUCCCAUAAUCAAAAAAUGUUGCCGUUUAAAUUCGAGUCACAUUCGAAGUGUGGUGGUUACAAUAGAAGAGAAGAGGGAAAGAGGGUACCGGUGAAAGUACAGGCACACAAUACGUACCGGAACAGUGAGCAAGGUCACUUCCGGUGUCCUCUGCGAGUCCCUGACGAUAGCAGUCAAGGCCGUGAUCGCGGCCAUAUUCGAAAGGGCAAGGGCAACGAGGCUGGCUGCAAGCUGGAAUUCGUCUUGCUCGACGAUGUUGCAAGCGUCGCCACUACGCCCAACGCUCCUGCCGCAAGGGCACCCACACCUGCCCACAAUCCUGCACCGGAACCGCCUAAAGCCGCUCCGUGGACCAGCACCAGGAUACCGAACACUACCAGCACUACACCUGAAAGGCAAUUAAUAAGAGCAGAACUCUGCACGCAGGACAGAAUCUCGAGGAACGGAACUAUGUUGAAAACAAACUUACCAAGGAGCAGUUGCCCGCAGGAAGUGAACAUCAGGAGUGUCACGAUUAGAAUAGCUUUCCUAGCAGGGCUCGUCGCUUUUUUCCCAUGGGUUUCGAUCGGAAGCGACUCCUCGUGCUGCGUGAUCGAGCAAAAGGUCAAUAGACGUUGA